AUGAUAAUUACUUGUAAGUGCUUGAAUGUUUUUGUUGAUGCUAAAGAAAGCUCAAAAAAUCAUUCUGGCAUCCAACUUUCAACAUUAAAUUUAUCAGAAGAAGAAGAAUCUAUUAAUAUAUUCAAAGAGGAAUUAUGCGAAAUAGAAAUAAAUAAAGUAUCGAUACAAGUAAAAGCACUUGUUCGAUCAACCAAUGUAGGACGUUGGAUGAUUGAACAAUGUAUUAAUUGCUCAACCACCUGCUAUUUGACUUCCUUAGAUGGAUCUCAUACAUUGGCAAAUACAGCAUUAAUUUCACAUUUGGAUGCAGUUGCCGAAAAGAAAACAUAUAAAGAAUAUUCGCCAGUUUUUCAAAUAAUUGUCGAACCCCUAGUAUCUGAAGAAAGUUCAAUUCAAACCGCUUUGACAUCUUUACAACAGCAAUUAAAUGAUGCCAUACGGGAACAAGUAACAAAGACUGAAGAAAGAAUACGUUUUUAUACCGAACAACAGUACAAUUUAUUAGACGAAUUUCGUGAUCGUGCAACCAAAGAUCAUAAAUCUUUGGCAAGUAAAAUAUUUGAAGCUGAACCACACGUGGCAGCAGUGAGCGAUUCUGCAUUUUCCGAGAGUGGUUUAGUUAAAGAUGCUCAAGGGAAAAAAAUAAAUUCAAAGGUCUCCGAUGAAAAAUCAUUCGUUUCACCAAAUCAUUCAGUUCAAUCCUUUUCGAAAAAUUCAAAUGACGAACACAAUUAUUUCGAUAGCGAAGGUUUAUUCGUUCUAGAAGGAAUGGAAGAUUCCGUUUCGAACGAGCCAAAUCAUUCGGAAGGAGAAUCCGAUACGGAUCACGAUGAUUCCGGAUCACACGAUGAAGGAAUCGAUAUUCAUAGAAAAAGAACAUCGUCAUUUAAUCUAGCAAAAUCGUUACCAGUCAACGUGCCUGUUUAUUCCGUACCUUCAACAAAUUAUAAUAAUGAUGAUGAUAGCAGUAGCAUCGGUGCUGUUGACAUAGCUGCAUCAAUAAAAGCACUCGCAAGAAGCGUACACGGAGAUGCAAUUUUCGGUGAUCUUCCUCGUCCACGUUUCAGCACUCAAAUAUGA